AUGGCUAGAGCUGCACUGCUCCCCAUUUCUUCGUUUCUGCUGUGCCUUGCAUUGGCCGGCGGCACAGAUGAAGCGAGGCAGACGGUUGGGGCGUACAAGCUUCAGAACAAGAAGGGGGACUUCUCCAUCGUGGUCACCAACUGGGGAGCCACCCUGAUGUCUGUCAUCGUGCCUGACUCUAAAGGAAACCUGGCCAACGUCGUCCUUGGGUAUGACACUCCUGAAAAAUAUGUGCACGCUUCUUCCGCCCUUGGAACUGUGUUCGGACGAGUAACAAAUGUAAUCGCCAAUGGCAGCUUCGUUCUUGACGGAAAAACCAUCCGUCUGAACAAAGACGGCACCACCACACUUCACGGUGGUCACAGGGGGUUCAACAGAGUCAUUUGGACGGUGAAGGAGUACGUGCCCGGCGGUGACUCCCCAUACAUCACGCUCUACUAUCACAGCUUCGACGGGGAGGAAGGUGAAAACCAACACACUAACCUCGCUGAUAUGUACGGCAACUCCAAGAAGGUUCCCGGGGGACCUAGACCGCUAGACGUGUACGUGACGUACCAACUGGGCACCCUGUACGAGCUGAGAACGCGGAUGAACGCGACGGCGCUGAACAAGGCGACCCCGGUGAACCUGGUGAACCACGCGUACUGGAACUUGGCCGGCGACGGCAGCGGCGACGUCCUCGGCCAUCUCAUCAAGGUGUUCGCGUCGCGGUACACGCCCGUGGACAGCUCCUUCAUCCCAACGGGGGAGAUCGCGCCAGUCUCCGGCACGCCGUACGACCUGCGCGCGCUGACGCCUCUGGGCUCACGCGUCAGUCUCGUCUCCGGCGCCGGCAUGGCCGGGUUCGACAUCAACUACGCGGUGGACGGCGACGGGUUCCGGCAGAUCGCGUACCUCCAGGACCCGGCGUCUGGGCGGGCGUUGGAGGUGUGGGCCAACCAGCCCGGGAUUCAGCUCUACACCGGCAACUGGCUCAGGAACAUCAAGGGCUAG